AUGGAUCUGUUCCUGACAGCGACGUCCCUCGUCUCCGACGCGAACACUUGGUUUGAUUUUCUCGGCACGACCUUCUCCGCCGUCUCCGAGCUGCUAUCCGGGUGGAGGCAUAAGCAGGAGCGUCGGCAUGGCGAGGCGGAGCGGAGGCAGCUGCAGUGGAAGGAGGAGGACAUGAAGAUGAAGCAGCUCCACUACUGCUUGCUCGAUUUGCCAGAUCUGAUCAACCACGCCGAGUGGUUCAGCUACAUAAAAGACGACAAAGAGGUGGCCAAGCUCCUCCCGGAGCUCAGGCUUGGGCCAAGCACGGCGGCGGCGGCGGAGCAGCCGGGGGACGACUUUUUGAAGACCAUCACCGAUGGUAACCAUGUGAGGGAGAUCCUGGACGAUCUGAACUGCCUGCGGAACACAUUGGAGGGAAUCAUCGACCGCCGCACUCGUGCCGAGCCGCAGCAGUUCGGCAAGCUGCUAAGGCCGGUGAUGAGCUCCUUCUACGACAAGUCCAAGGUCCGCAGGCUUCAGAAAGAAGUCGAUGAGGUGCUCGAGCUGCUGGAGGUGGACACCUGCUCCCUGCCCCGGGGGACUCGCAAACGGCGCAUCAGCGAAAAAUCCGCCGCAUUAAGCAAAAGGGCUCGUAGAACUGGCGCUGUCCCUUCCACAUCCGCCAGUGAAGAAGGCACAACUGCCAACGCAACUGUUCUAGCAAUAUCUGGCAUCGGGGGUGUAGGAAAAACCACAUUGGCCCGGCAAGUUUUCAAUGAUGAGAGAACCAAGGGCCAUUUUGAUCUCAAAAUUUGGAUAUCUGUCUCGGACGACUUCAACGUCAAGAGACUGACCAAGGAGUUCAUACACUCUGCUCUGGAAAAUCUGAUGCAAUCUGAUAACCUGUGCAGCCUCCAACAGACUCUCACCGAAAGGAUUAUCAGUUUGAAGUUCUUGCUUGUUCUCGAUGAUGUCUGGGACGACGUGUACUCAAAUCAAGACAACAGAUGGCAUAAUUUUCUUGAGCCGUUAAAGUCUGCCAAGCAAGGAAACCGCUCUAUAGUCAAUCCAGAGCUGAACCCUAUUGGCAAAAAGAUAAUCCCACAGCUCAAGAGAUGCCCAUUAGCUGCUGAAACUCUUGGGCGCAUACUGAAGCCUAUGCUGGAUAGGGAGCACUGGGAUUGGGUCGCAGGAAGAGAGCUGUGGGAGCUGAAACAAGAGAAGUACGACAUUCUGCCGGUCCUUCGAUUGAGCUAUCUGUAUCUGCCUCCCCAUCUGAGAAGCUGCUUUCUGUUUUGCUCCAUGUAUCCAAAGGGUCACCGAUUUGUCAAAGAUGCUCUUGUGAACAGUUGGAUAGCAGCUGGUUUAAUCGAGUCCUGCAAGGGCGGCAAGCUGGAAAGCGAUGGUCAUCGAUAUUUCGCGGAAUUCCUACAUCGAUCCCUAUUGCAUAGAGAUGCAAGCAGCCCAGCAUCCUCCGUGUAUGUCAUCCAUGAGUUGAUGCAUGACAUGGCGAAGCUAGUUUCUGAGAACGAGUGCUUCGUCGUGAAAGGCGAAGCAGAUUUGCAAAAGAUCCCUGAAGAUGUUCGGCAUCUGUCAAUAAUCGGCGGUGGUGGCCUCGAUGAAACCAACUUGAAAAUGCUGUGCCAGUACAAGAAGCUGCGUUCCAUUGUAUGCCAUGGUGUUGACUCUGAGAUCAUUACUCCUGCAGCUAAGCACUGGUUUGAGGUGCUCACCAAAAUACGGAUGCUGGGUUUUCUGUCUUGCAAGUUGGACUAUCUUCCUGAGACCAUUGGAAAUCUAAAGCUUCUCCAGUACCUUAGCAUUGGUGAAUGUACUAUUGAGUUCACUUUUGAAAUGUUACAACUUCGGAAUUCUGGGAAACUUUCCAUAAAGUUCGCAUCAGUUUAG